AAUGAAUUAUCAUCAAAUAGAGCCUUAGAUAAAUUUCAUUUGUUUCUGCUAACAAGUAGUUCCACUAAAUCAACCAAGUAUGACAGAUCACAUAAAAAAAUGCAUAAAUUAUAGACAAGCAUCUCCAUUUUUUUAAAUCUUUGACAACUUUUAGGUUGAAAAAAUGUAAAGGCCACACUUAAUUGCUUUAAAGAGUGAGUUUCUAAUUUUCAUUGAAAGAGUAGAAGCUUUACUAAACCCACCAAAUAUUCGCUUAACUAGCUCAUCGAUAUCAAAGACCUCUGAUUAUGGAAAUGGACCUAUACUCUAGUUUUCUUAACCUAAUUUUAGUCAAAUCAGUUAAAAACCUCCUUAAGUAGAAAUCCCAAGAGACAAUGUUUUUAAUACUUAUAAAUAAUUCCAAAAACUUUAGGAAUGUGAAGUUUGUGGAAAAAAAGUAGAUGCAGAUAUUAUUACAUAUUUUGAACAUUGUUUCUAACCAAUUUGCAGACCUUGCUUAAUGAAAUAGAUAGAAAAAGACUAUAAAACAAAUAUAGUAUUUUUAUGUCCAAACCAGUUAUGCAAAAAACAAAUGUCAGAAUAAGAAUUAAUAGUAAUUAUAAAAGAUAUUUAAGUAAUUGCUUGGGAGAGAAAAACAUGAUUAAUAUUCUGCUAUAAUGUUAGAAAGACAAUUUAACAUAGUAAAAUGUUCAGCAUGUUCUGAAAAGGGUGCUUUUGAAAAGGGUAGUUCAAUAACUGUUCUGAAAGAUCCUGUCACAAAUUAAUAAUUAUAAUAGUAUUAAAAUGAUAUAUAAUAUUAGAAAAUAUGUGGAACAUUAUUUAAAUAAUAGAUUUAUGUGUUUCAAUCCAUCAUGUAAAACAGAAUAAUGUAAAGAAUGCAAGGCAGUUCCAUAUCAUUUAGGUAUGAAUUGUGAAGAAUAUAAAAUAAAAAAGUCAUCAAAGUAAUUUUGAUUUGCAAUAUUUUUAAGGUGUUGUAGAUAUUGUGAUUAGCCUAUUCAUAAUGUUCAAUUUAAUGUACCAGAAGCUUUCUAGGAUAUAUGUUAAGAAAAAGAAUGUCAAGAAAAAGCUUAAUUUGCUUGCAAUAAAAUAUUACCAUGUAGACAUCCUUGUCCAGGAUUUAAAAAUGAAUAGAUAUGUUCAACUUGUUUAAAUGAUUAAUGUUGUAAAGGUGAUUAAAAAGGAGAUGAUUAUUGUAAUAUUUGUUUUGUUGAGGGUUUAAAGAAUGCCCCUAUUAUCCAAUCAAAGUGUGGCCAUGUAUUUUAUAUACUAAUAAUAGAUCUUUCAUUAUACUUGUAUUUUAAAGAGAUUAGAUGUCAAAUGGAAUGGACCAAGAAUAGUUUUCAAGUUUUGCUUAUGUCCUUUGUGUAAUACAUGGUUAGAAUUUCAACCAUCUUUACCUUAAAGUCUUGUUAAUUAAUAUUCAUUACUCUUUUAAGAUGUGAUGAAGAAAUCACUCGAUAGAUUGAAAUAUGAAAACAGAGAUAAAGAUGAAAAGGUUAGUAAAGUAGGUGAAAUAUUUUAUGGGAAACCCUAAGAAUAUGCUAUGGCUAUUUAUUGUUAUUAUUAAUGUUUUAAAUGCAAGAAUCCUUAUUUUGGUGGUGCUAAAGAUUGCCAAAGAGCUUUGGAUGAAGGAGAUAAAUAAUAUAAACCUGAAGAAUUGAUUUGUGCUAAUUGUUGUGAAGUACCAGUAGGAGAAACAUGUUAAGUUCAUGGAAAAGAAUACAUAGAAUUCAAAUGCAAAUUUUGCUGUUAAAUUGCUGUAUGGUUUUGCUGGUAUACAUUCAAAUUUAUCAUAUUCUCAAAGGGGUACAACUCACUUUUGUGAAGAUUGCCAUAAGAGAUAAUGUAACGGAGAUUAUGUGUCGAAAAUCCCUAAAGAUAAACUUCCUAAAUGUCCUGGAAAGGAUAAAUGUCCAAUAAAAAUGGAUCAUAAGGCAAAUGGAGAAGAACAAGCAUUAGGAUGUGGUAUAUAUUUAUUUAUUAUUGAACUCUUAGCUAUUUGUAGAAAUCAAAGAGCCAAUUAACAAAAUUUCUGAAU